CCACGAUCAAGAACGCAUGUGUGUCUCCGGAAUUCAAGAGAGUUCGUUCCAGGGAUUCGCCGUACAUCAAGGCGAAGGAUGCUCAGGAUUCAGAUGCGCGUAUUCUGUCUUUGAUAUCUUCAUUGCAUUAUUAUUGGUAUGAAAAGACGGAAGAACUUCUUGGGUAGUGAAACGCGUGUGGAAUUAGAUGUUUUUCUUACGACGACCGAUUUGAUUGGUACAAAAAAGUAUAAGUGGCGUGAUUUUGCACAGCAGAAUCGUAGGACGAACGUGGUUUAAUUCCAUAUAUAUUUUCCCGUCAAAUAUUCUGAUCUUAAAUAAGAGAAGGGGGAGAAAGACGGUAGCAAAGCACGCCAAACAAUUAUCGGUCACAUCAGCUUAUGAUCGAUGUUUCUUCAUGGAGUCUGACGAAGUUAAUUAAAGAAUCAGAAAAGUAUUCCUAUCAUUUACCAUUGCUGGCUGCGUGCACAAAAGCAGACACUCCUCCAGCACACUGUCACGCAAGAACAUGGGAUAUCCAGGGAUGGGGCCUGGCCAACAGCCGAUUGACCCAUACACAAGUUGAUCGAUAAGGAUUUGAAUAAGGCAGUCCCUCUCUUCUGGAAUGCGAUCAACAGUGGGGAUCAUGUGGAGAGUGCACUUAAAGACAUGGUUGUGGUGAUGAAACAAUUGAACCGAGCAGAAGAAGGGAUUGAAGCAAUCAAGUCCUUUCGUUCUCUGUGCUCAUCAGAAUCUCAGGAUUCACUAGAUAAUCUCCUCAUUGAUCUCUACAAGAAAUGUGGUCGCCCGGAUGAGCAGAUAGAGCUGCUACAGUAUAAGCUGAAGAUGUUAAAAGAAAACUGUGCCUUAUUAGGCAAGCAAAAGAAGCUGAUUAGAUCGCAAGGUAAGCGAUUCUACAUCACCACAGAACAAGAAGAGUCCAGGUUGCUAGGCAACUUGGCCUGGGCAUAUUUGCAACAAGGGAAUUAUAGACAAGCAGAAGGCUUAUACAGCAGGCAAGCUUUGAGACUUGAGCCAGAUGACAACAAGAAAUGCAAUUUGGCCAUCUGUUUGAUGCAGAAAGGGGAGACUGAAGAAGCAAAAUUUCUGGUUCAGAGUGUAAUAUCUGGAUUAUCAUCAUCACCUGAAGAUGCUUCUGCUUUCCCAAAGUCCUGUUUGAAGUCUCUAGAGCGUGCCUGCCAAAUGCUGGAUGACACUGAGCUUCUAUCUUCUGCAAUUACACAAAAACCAGCGAAAAAUGAGCUUGGACAUCACCACCCUGUUCAUGGAAAUGAAGAGAAAAUAAAAGAUUCACUCCAUAGUGGGAACUGCAGUUAUCUAUAUGAUGAACAUGAAGAAGCAUCAAGGGCUCAUACUUUAUCCCAUUUGAAUAAUUGGAAUCAUAACUUUGAAGGGGAAUUAUUGAGUGUCAGCAGUUACAGGCAAGGAAUUCCGACACACAACUUGAAUUCUGAAGAUUUUGAAAGUGAGAAUUGGAAUCCAAAUGUACAACUACAACCUAAAUUCACUGGACAUCUGGAAAGUUGUCAUCUGGAAUUAUCUGCCAGGGAACAUGUCAGGAACAUUUUCAGUUCACCACCCAAUACUGAAACUAGACAUAGUUCAGUUAAGUGGGAAAACAAGCCAGCUUGUUGUUCCUUGAAGCCGAAGCUCAUUGAAUUCCCACGGAGACGAGCUGUUAGCCGGUCAUUAUCAUCUCAGCUCAGUAGCUGCAUCAUUGACGAGAAUAAAAAAUCUGAGCCCAAAUGGGAUCACAUAUAUGAACACUUCUUUCUGCCAGCUAACUUGUUUGAUGUGACACCUUAACUGGGGGAUUUGCCAACUCCAUGAAGCUUUCAGCCAUUGAUUAGUUAGGAAGGCCCUUUGAUCAGUGAGAACCUAUGUUAUCAGAAGGAACUCAUUAUUUUUCGUCUUAAAUACAUAGUGAUAUAGUAUAUCUGUUGGGACCUGGUCUCAUUCUGCCCAUGAUAGCUGAUACCUGCCCUGGUCCCCUCCUUACUCAAAGGAGUGCAAGGGAGGGAUCGGUUGAAGUUCCCUCCCACUCUCUCACACACAUUAUUCCAAAUGCAUAGAAGGUGCAAAAAGCUGCCAUGGGACCUACUGUUAUGCAUUCAUGGAGUCUGUAAGGAUUGGUCUAGCUGAUAUGAAUUAUGUAGUCCUUAUGACAUUUUAGCAUUGUUACAGAAUCCAGCUUCAAAUAUAGGAUUGGAAGUGUGAACUACUGGUCAACUCCAGUGGUUAACCCUCACACAGAUUAUUCCAAAUGUAUAGAAGCUUUUCAAACAACUGCCAUUGGGACCUAUUGUUCUGCAUUCAUGGAGUCUGUAAGAAUUG